GAUGUGCUGCCCCAGAAAUGGCUUUCUCUCUUUCACUGUUGUCCUGUGAAUGGUUUAAGCCCUCUUGUGAUGGGACGAUUCACCUUUUUUGAGUCGUUAGGUGGACGACUGAUUUCUAGCGUACUCUUUCUCCUCCCCCGCUACCCAGAACUAUUGCUCCGAGAAGGGACAAGGGAGUGAGGCAUUGAAAAGCCAGAGGAAGAUUUCUUUCAGGAGUUUUUGUCAUUGACUGGGUACCUACGCAAACCAGACACUGUGUUAGGCUGUAUGGUGGUUGCCAAGAGGAACCAGACUCACAUCCAGAUCUCUUCUGCUCCAGAAACUUACAGUCUCGUGGGGAGGAAGGACCUAUGGAUGACCAACUGUACUACAAGAUGAAGUAAAGAAGAUCUUAGAUAAGUUUUACAAGAGAAAAGAAAUUCAGAAACUGAGUGCUGAUUAUGGACUCGAUGCUCGUCUCUUCCACCAAGCUUUCAUAAGCUUUAGAAAUUAUAUCAUGCAGUCUCAUUCCCUGGAUGUGGACAUUCACAUUAUUUUGAAUGAUAUUUGCUUCAGUGCAGCUCACGUGGAUGAUUUAUUUCCAUUUUUCUUGAGACAUGCAAAACAGAUAUUUCCUGUGUUGGAAUGUAAGGAUGAUCUACGUAAAAUCAGUGACCUAAGAAUACCGCCUAACUGGUACCCAGAAGCCAGAGCCUUACAGCGGAAGAUAAUAUUCCAUUCAGGUCCCACAAACAGUGGAAAGACUUAUCAUGCAAUCCAGAAAUACUUGUCAGCAAAAUCUGGAGUAUAUUGUGGCCCUUUAAAAUUACUGGCACAUGAGAUCUUCGAAAAGAGUAAUGCUGCUGGUGUGCUAUGUGACUUGGUAACAGGUGAAGAACGUGUGACAGUAGAGCCAGAUGGGAAACAGGCUGCCCACGUUGCUUGUACUGUUGAGAUGUGCAGUGUUACAACUCCUUAUGAAGUGGCCGUGAUUGAUGAAAUUCAAAUGAUUAAAGAUCCAGCCAGAGGAUGGGCCUGGACCAGAGCACUACUAGGACUCUGUGCUGAAGAAAUCCAUUUGUGUGGAGAAUCUGCUGCUAUUGACCUGGUUACCGAGCUUAUGUACACAACUGGGGAAGAUGUGGAGGUUCGAACCUAUAAGAGGCUUACCCCCAUUUUUGUGCUGGAUCACGCAUUAGAAUCUUUAGACAACCUUCGGCCUGGGGACUGCAUUGUCUGUUUUAGCAAGAAUGAUAUUUAUUCUGUGAGUCGACAGAUUGAAAUUCGGGGAUUGGAAUCAGCUGUUAUAUAUGGCAGUCUCCCACCUGGGACCAAACUUGCUCAGGCAAGAAAGUUUAAUGAUCCUGAUGAUCCAUGCAAAAUCCUGGUUGCUACAGAUGCAGUUGGCAUGGGACUUAAUUUGAGCAUAAGAAGAAUUAUUUUUUACUCCCUUAUGAAGCCCAGUAUCAGUGAAAAGGGAGAGAAAGAAAUAGAACCAAUCACCACCUCUCAAGCCUUGCAGAUUGCUGGCAGAGCUGGUAGAUUCAGUUCAAAAUUUAAAGAAGGAGAGGUUACAACAAUGAAUCGAGAAGACCUCAGUUUAUUAAAGGAAAUUUUGAAUAGGCCUGUGGAGCCUAUAAAGGCAGCUGGUCUUCAUCCAACUGCUGAACAGAUUGAAAUGUUUGCCUACCAUCUCCCUGACACAACGCUUUCUAACCUCAUUGAUAUUUUUGUAGACUUUUCACAAGUUGAUGGGCAGUAUUUUGUCUGCAAUAUGGAUGAUUUUAAAUUUUCUGCAGAGUUGAUCCAGCAUAUUCCAUUAAGUCUACGAGUGAGGUAUGUUUUCUGCACAGCCCCUAUCAACAAGAAGCAGCCUUUUGUCUGUUCUUCAUUGUUACAGUUUGCCAGGCAGUAUAGCAGGAAUGAGCCCCUGACCUUCUCAUGGUUACGACGAUAUAUUAAAUGGCCGUUACUUCCACCUAAGAAUAUUAAAGACCUCAUGGAUCUUGAAGCUGUCCAUGAUGUCUUGGAUCUUUACCUGUGGCUAAGCUACCGGUUUAUAGAUAUGUUUCCAGAUGCCAGCCUUGUUCGAGAUCUCCAGAAACAAUUAGAUGGCAUUAUCCAAGAUGGUGUACAUAACAUCACCAAACUGAUUAAAAUUUCAGAGGCACAUAAACUGCUGAAUUUGCAGAACUCAUCAGCAGAAAGCCAGUCCCGUUUGUCAGGAACAGUAAAGAGCCAAACUAGAAGGAAUCACGGCACCAAAGCUUUAGGGAGUAAAGCUGCUGGACCACUUGGCCCUGGUGCAGGAGAGAAAUCCCUUGCUUCCAGAUUGGUGCAGCAAGGCCUCCUCACUGCAGACAUGCUGAAACAGCUAGAAAAAGAGUGGAUGACACAACAAACUGAGCAUGGCAAAGGAAGAACAGAAUCUGGGACUUCCUCAAAAGGGACAAGAAGAAAGAAGAAGGAACCCGAUUCAGAUUAGUUUUAUUUUUAUUUUUGCAAAUAAAAAUCUAUUUUAAAAUCC